AUGGGCGCCUCGGUGGGCGCUCAGCUGGAGACGACCAACCGCGAGGAGUACAUUGAGCCGAUCAAGGAGGCGACGAAGCUCUUCGUCAAGCGAAUCAUGAACCCCCUUCACCAGAAUGAUCUCAUCUACAGCCUCUCAGCAGAAGGGCGAAAGUAUGCCAGCACAGUCAAGCAGAUUCACCGUUUUGUUAGGCAGGUGAUUGACGAGCGAAAGAAGGAAAUUCAGCAAUCGAAUUGCUCAGUCGGUCAGCAGAAUCAGGACAACAACAACUUCUUCACACUGCUCCUUCGAACGCACCAGCAGCAUCCAGCGGAGUUCACGGAGGAGGACAUCUUCGGCGAGGUGAACACCUUCAUGUUCGCCGGCCACGAGACCACCUCUAGCUCCUGUGUGGCCGCACUUCUGCUCAUUGCAGGUGACAAUCGAGUUCAGGAGCUGCUGUUCAACGAACUGGAGGAAGUACUGAAGGACUGUGACGCCUCAGUGGGCAGUGACAUCACCGUGGAGCACCUCAGGCGGCUGCAGUACCUGGAGAUGGUCAUCCAGGAGGCAAUGCGACUCUACUCGCCCAUUCCGCUGAUGGUCAAAAAGGUACAGCGCGACCUGGUGGUCAACGGGUACACCGUGCCGGCGGGCUGCUCCGCCCUGGUCUGCUUCACCCUCCUCCACAAUGAUCCAGGCGUUUUCAACCACCCAUCUCCUCACGCCUUCUACCCUGAACGGUUUAGCUCGGAAAGCGAACUCCACCGAAUGCCCUACGCCUUCAUGCCCUUCUCCGUGGGGCCCAGAUCGUGCAUCGGCAAAAGCUUUUCCCUGCUCGAAAUGAAGCUGGUCCUGGCGGCCAUUAUUAGAAGGUACCACUUGACGGCGAUCACAAGGCGGGACGAGAUGCGGCUUGGAUUUGCCGCAGUGCUCAAAGUUAGCUCACCCGUGUUGAUUCGUUUUGAAGAUCGACAGAAGAGGACUACUAGUGUAAAAUCGGAUGCUAACAGUAACACUUGCUAA